GAACGGUAAUCUGUUUCCGCUUUUACCAUUUUCUCACACUAUUUAUUUACCCCAGCCCAGUACUGCUCCUCCCCCGCCUUCCUCCACCCUCCUCCUCUCUGCCGUCUGUGCAGCUCGUCAGUCCUCUCCUCGCCCCCGUUUUUGCCUCAAGCACCCCGACCACAAGGACUCCACGUGCGCCGAGGCGGAGGCGGAAGCGAUGUCGAUCGAUCGGUCCCUCAAGAAGAAGAGAGGGAGGCCAGCAGGAGGAGGUUCCCCCUCUGUCAGCAAGAGCGAGCGAGAUAAGAUGGUCAUGGAGCAGAAGAUGGCACUGGUGCACCGAAGGCUCGCCUUGCUCGACAGCGAGGGCGACAAGGAAGCUGAUGUUGUGCCGACGGCCACAAUGGAUGAUAGGCUUGCAAUUGUUGUUGAUCAACAGCCUGUCGUUGUUAAUGGCGACGAUACAGAUGACGAGGAUGAAUAUGUUCCUUUGAGAAUUGUGCGGCCACGGAGUGUGGACAGUGAGCAAAAAAGGCUGCUUGAUGUUUCUCAAACACACAAUGCCCAGGAUACUGGCACUGCUAAAAAGAAGAGAGGGAGGCCUGUCAACGCCAAGAUUGACAUGGAGCAGAAGUUGAAUAUGUCAACGCCGGGGCUUGGCUUGGUUGAGAGCGGCGGCAGUAACAGCAGCAAGAGCGACGUAGAUGAUGAUCUUGUGCCGAUGGUGAGAACUGUGGUAGCUGCUGUUAAUUGCCAAAAGACAUGUGCAAGCGUUCAGGGUAACUUUGGGUCUGCUAUGGAGAGAGCUGAGGAGGUACUUGUGAAGUUACCAGCCGAACAUCCUAGCUUUGUCAAGUAUAUGCUACAUUCACAUGUUGUUCAUGGUUUUUGGCUGGGUCUACCGUCUGACUUCUGCAACAAGCAUCUCCCAAAGAAGGACACUGCUAUUGUGCUAGAAGAUGAGGAUGGGCACAACUAUGAUGCAAAAUAUCUAGGAGCCAAGCAAGGACUUAGUGCUGGUUGGAGAGGUUUUGCGAUUAAUCAUGGUAUCAAGGUCGGAGAUGUUGUAGUCUUUCAACUUGUCAGUUCAGCAAAGUUUAAGGUCUAUAUAUUAAGAGCGAACAACUUCACUACAACUGAUGGAGCACUUGGUCUCCUGUGUCUGGAAGGUGGCAAGGAGAAGAUACCGAAAGAAGAAAGUUCCAAUGAUGUCAAAUCUGAAGCUGGCAAGGAGAACAUACCGAAAGAAGAAAGUUCCAAUGAUGUCAAAUCUAAAGCUGGCAAGGAGAAGAUACUGAAAGAAGAAAGUUCCAAUGAUGUCAAAUCUGAAGCUGUCAAGGAGAAGAUACCGAAAGAAGAAAGUUCCAUUGAUGUCAAAUCUGAGGAGAAGCCAAAGGUUGCUCAGAGCGACAGCAGCAACCUAGCCAGUGAGUCAAUAACAGAUGGCAUCAAAUUUUCAGACACAGUCAUCGAUUUCGACAACGUGAAAGAUUUCAGCAGCUUCAGCAUCGUCGUAGACGGCCUGGUCAUCGACUGCGAGUUCCCUGACCACCUGCGCGAGACGUACUACGAGCUGUGCUGUGCCCAGAAGUCGUUCCUUCACAAGGAGCUGCUCAAAGGGCUAAACCUCACACUCGUGGUGGGAGCCAUCAUGGAGACUAUCGACAUCGCGGAGGGCAUCAGGGCCUGCAAGGCACGCGCUCCUUCCUGCAGGGACUUUGUGGUCUGGAAGAAGAACUUGCAGGCCUUGAAGCUCCUGGGCAUGAAUGUGGACUUCCUGCUGAAACGCGUCGAUGAUCUCCUCAGCCUCCCUGCUCGACCCAGAGCCCCUGCUGAGGUAAAACUGGAGCGGGCACGCACCGUCGCGAAAAUCAAGGCGGUCGAGUCCAGGAUUUCGAGUGUGAAGGACACUCUCGAGGAGAUUGACAUGGAGAUGGAGGAGCUGGAGUCCAGCGUGAAGAUAGUGGAUGAGAUGAUGCAGCUGUUAGCGACCGCGCCGUGGUAGCAAUGUGCGCGCAGCUUCGGUCUCCGCCGCAGACAAUAAAUAUUUUGGGCGACAUGGCCGUUCAGUAUACAGAAGAUUAGAACUGCAUUUUGGCGGCAGUAUUUCAUUUUUGUUUAAAUGCAACUUGAGAGUAGUUAUUAUCGUGUGCCAUCUAGGCACUUCUUGUGCAGCAAACAAACUAGGAUGCUGUUUUUUUUUUGGGGUACACAUCAAGUGGUGUGACCUAUCUCCAUCCCAUCCCAUCCCCCCUGUGUAAUUCCGCGGAACUGCACUGUGACAGUGGUGAAAUGAAAAUGCAAGAGAUGCAGUUUGCUUUUGAGUA